AUGGACUUGGCCGUGCGCGUGCCGGAGGCCAAGGACCUCAAGUCGCUCGACGCAAUACGAGAUGUGGUCCACCCGUACGUCUUUAUCCGGUAUGGCGGCCACACGAAGAAGUCGCUGGUCCACAAGAAGGGCAAAGACUCGCCGCAUUGGGACGUCGAGGCGCGGUUCCGUGCGAUCGACUACGUCCGGCACCCCAACAUCUCGCUCGAGGUGUACGACGAGGACCCGUGGGGCCGUGGCGAUAUGUUUAUCGGUGCCUGCGCCGUCCAAGUGCCCGUCGAUACGACUGCGUUUGAGCGCUGGCUGCCCAUCUGGCACGGCGGCGAGCCGACGGGCAGCCUCCUCGUCCAAUGCGACAGCUUUGACACGCUCGACGUCUGCGCCAACUACAUCCGUCCGUCCAUGUCACUCUCGCUCUCGGUUUCAAAACGCGAGUCGAUCUUUGACGUCGAGACCGAGGUUGAGACGACCAAGCCGCGGUCGUUCUCGACGGCCACGACUGCCAACGGCGGGUCGUUCGACGACGUCGAAGCGUCCGUGCUGAGCGCUGUGGACAUUGGCCGGCCGCUCCUGAAGAAAGCGAGCACGUCGUCUACGUCGUCCUCCUUGGCAGGUGACGCGGUCGAGCUGCCGCUCAUUGACACGGACGAGCUUGUGCUGACGCUGCCGUUGGGCACUGGUGUCUACGGCUCUGUCGCCCAAGGCGUGUACCGCGGCAAGGACGUUGCGAUCAAGACGUACCACCACACGAACGCGGGCACCGAAUGCUUUGAGCAUGCACUCGAGCUCCAAACAACGCUCCGCUCCAAGUACAUUGUCCAGCUCUACGGGAUCGGCUACACGCGCUGGGGGCAGCCGCAACUCGUCAUGGAGUUCAUGGAGGCGGGCAACUUGCAUCAGUUUAUCGAUAUGACGCACGCGUCACCGUGGUCCUCGCGCCUUGUCGCGCGCGUGCUUCAAGUCACGACCAGCGUCGCAAAGAGCAUCGCGUGCAUCCAUAAUCAAGGCGUCGGUCACUGCGACUUGCGGCCGUCCAACCUCCUCCUCGACGAGAACGACCGCGUCAAGCUGAGCGACUUUGGCCUCCCGAGCGCAGGCGCACCCGUGGGACUCGCUGUCUUCUGGACAGCCCCCGAGGUGCUGCAAGGCCAAGCGCACUCGUUAGCCGCCGACGUCUACGCCCUCGGCGUCAUUUUGACCGAAAUGGAGACGCUCCAGCGCCCGUACAGCGACUUUCGAGGAUCGCGGAGUCGGCUUUUGCCACACGUGUGCAAUGGCACGCUCCGACCGUCGCUGAGCGCCGUGUGCCCGUCGUGGUACCGGCAGCUAGCGGCCGAUUGCAUGGCGCAGAACCCCGCGCAGCGCCCGUCGGCUGCUGAAGUUGUCACCACCCUUGACGCGUUCCUCUCGUCCUAUUGAGUUUAUCUGU